AUGGCCGCUCCCGUCGCCCGCACCGCCUUCCGCAAGGCCAUCAACCUUCCUCCUACGGCCGCUACUGCCUACAGCGGCACCCCCAUCGCCGCCGGCAUCAACCACGCCGCCCGCGCCCCUGCCGACCCCCAUCAUGCUGAGGGCUACGGUUCUUCUCCCCGAUCCGAUGUCACCCAGGUCCCGCGCUGGUCCUCGCGCCUCUCCACCAGCAAUGGCGUUCUGAGCGCCCGAUCGGGCAUCAACACCCUUCCCAGCGCCGGCUCGCCCCGCUUCUUCUCGUCGACGCCGCGCGAGCUGCAGGCCUCGCCCCGUGAGACGACCUCGGUCCCCGACUUCAGCGGCUACCGUGCCAAGAGCACCGACAAGGCCAAGACCUUCUCGUACUUCAUGGUGGGCUCGAUGGGCCUCAUCGCCGCCUCGGGUGCCAAGUCGCUCGUCUCCGACUUCCUCGCCUCGAUGGGCGCCUCGAGCGAUGUCCUGGCGCUGGCCAAGGUCGAGGUCGACAUGAACAGCAUCCCGGAGGGCAAGAACGCCAUCAUCAAGUGGCGUGGCAAGCCCGUCUUUGUCCGCCACAGGACCAAGGAGGAGAUUGACGAGGCCAACGCCGUCGACAUCAGCAAGCUGCGCGACCCGCAGAAGGACUCGGACCGCGCCAAGCGCCCCGAGUGGCUCGUCAUGCUCGGCGUCUGCACCCACCUGGGUUGCGUGCCGAUCGGCGAGGCCGGCGACUACGGCGGAUGGUACUGCCCCUGCCACGGUUCCCACUACGACAUCAGCGGACGGGCGAGAAAGGGACCUGCGCCUCUCAACCUCGAGGUGCCAGAAUACGACUUCAACGACGGCGAGAACAAGCUCAUCAUCGGUUGA